AUGGCGGAGACAGCUCGCUCGUCGUUCGGACGACGCCACAAGGAGCGGGUGCGCGAGGAAUUCCUCAAGCUGGUUCAAGGCAUGUUGCAAGGGAAUGGAACGGCGGACAACGUGGCUACUGCCCUCGCCUGGUGCCUGGAGCGCGUCCGGGACCACAGAUGCAUGGACACAAACUCCUCGGAAGUCAAACGAGACUUUUCCGGUCUUCUGGAGAAGCUGCGUGUGCACUCGCAGUUGGAUGCUGCGGCCUACCUGGAGGAGCAGUUCAAUUCGUUCAUGAUGUGCGAGCUGAGAAGUCAAUUGACUGUGGAGCCCCAUGCUGCCAUCCUUCGUGCCCUGCUGCUGUUGGCCUGCGCGCCUGCGCAAGUUCCUGGACGUGUUGUUCGCAUGCUCCGUGGAAUUUACGAGAGCCGGAAGAAGCGUGAACAGCAGCAGCAACGCCAAGCUGGCGAGCAGGCACAGGAUAGGAAGAUUCUGAUGGAGCUCGAGCUGCAGCAGGUGGCCGACAAUGCUUGCGAGGAGUGGGAGGAAGCCUGGUCCAUCGCAGAUCUGGUGAUGGAUGAAACCGUGUCACCUCGCAGUGCUGGAAGUGGGUCCGUCAGCGAAGCUUCAAGCGAAGGCCUCAGCGACCACGAGCAGCAGGAGGAGAUCCUGCCUGAACCGUCUGCAGAUGAUGUGGCUCUCCGAGGCAGCUUGGAUCACGAGCGCCUGCCGCUGCCUCGCCAACCUUGGCAAGAUGCUUUGCAGGAGGAGCGCUUCCUCCUUGAGAAGUACUUCCACGGCCAGGAUCAGGACUACCUCAUGGCCUUGCCGCUGUCUGAGGAAUCCCUUCUUCAGGUCGCCACUCAGAUGCUCUGCGGCUUCUAUGGCGAGAUGGUGGGGCCCGACGGGAACGGGAACCUCCGGUGGCGACCGCUGCACCUGCCGGGCCUUGGGCUGAGCUUUGAGGCCCUGGAAGCAGCGCUGAAGCAGCUCGCAGACUUGGGCUCCUUGCUUCAGGAGCUUCGGGGUGCCAGCGCUCUGCUUGAGGCCCUGGCCCCUCCCUUUGCCCCAAGGCCGCUGCUGGAGUCUUUGGCUCAAGGCCUGAAAGACGGAAGUGUCUCUGAUCUCACCGGCUUGGUUCGGAUUUGGGACUUGUGGAGAAGCGGGCUUCUGAGCCAAGGCCCAGAUCGCUCCGAGCCUGUUAAUGCCUUCGGCUUGUGCUGGCAAAGCAUGGGCCUGAUGCUGGCUGAGUUUCUCUCCAGGUUUGUGGAGGAGUUACAGCAGUUCGAAGCAUCAGCUCCAGAUUCAGCCAUGCCGCGAACGUUAAUGCGACUUCUGCAGCUGACGCAGCCCUGGUCUGAGGCUGCUGAUGCUGUCAGGAAUAUCUUUGAUACCGUGCUACAGGCAGUGCACCGGCGCUGCCAGAAAGACAGCAGUUCAACGCUUACGAGCCUUAUGGCUGAGGAGCUGCUGUCGGCACUGAGCUGCUGUGUGAGCAGCCAGAGCUUACACUGUCCCCCGGGCCCAGAAGCCUUUCGAGAAGGACUUCUUCGCCACCUGGUCUCGGAGCUUUGGUGUGGGGCCGCCCGACCACUUCUGCGUGCAUCCGAGCAGUGGGGGAGCCUCGGAGACCUUGGUGAGCUGGGCGCCUCCGAGUUUCUUUCCGACGAGGGGUUGCCGGCUCUUCUGCCCCCGGCUGUGGCUGGUGCGGGCCGGAGUGUUGGUGCCUUGCGGGCUUGGUCCGAGGUUUCUCAAACAGCGAGCCACUCGCCACCGCGCAGUGCAGAGGAAGAGCUGACAAGCUUGCGCAGCUCCCUUGCGGGCGCAGCUCCUGUGGAUUUGACAACGGGGACUGCUCGCAGCUCGACAUGUAGGCUCCGGCGGCAGGACAGCGCCCACGAGGAGUUCAAGUUUGUUCCCUUCGAGGCUGCGCUAGAGGCGCGCGUGCUGCGGCCGCUGCAGCACAUUGCGGAAAUGGCAGCGAGGCCAAUCCUCUGGCGGGUCCUACAAGACGAAAAUGGAUUGUUGCAGCAUUUGGCUGCCAUUCGACUGGUAGCAUUCCUCGAUCGUGAGCCUGCAGUGAGCACGCUCGUGAAGCGGCUGUACCGGAAGCUGCAAGGCUAUCAGCGGGGCUUUGCAGGCGUGCCAGCAGAGGAGCUUUCGCUGCUUGCCGUCGAGCUUCGUGCUGCACUUGUGGAGGGCCUGGAAUCCCUGGCCGGAUCACAUCCACAGCAGAUUCGCAGCGAUCCAUUCGCACCCAAAGGCAAGCUGCAGGUGCGUGUGGUGGCGCAGCUUUGCUUGCAGAACCUGUCCAUGGACCUGUUGAAGGGGCCUGGCCUAAGUGCCGAUCCUUUCGCCUUGCUCGGCCAGCUGAAGCUGAAGUACCAGUCGCCAGCGCCGCUGCCAGAUAUCCUGGACACCACUGCGCUGGAGGGAUACUCGGCCAUCUGGGCGCUUCUGCUGCGGCUCCGCUGUGGGAGCCAGGCGCUGCAGGAGGUCCACCAGCUUCCUCUCUUCGGCUUCAGCGGCCGCGGUGUUCAGCGCACGCCCAUUGCAGCCCUUCAGCGCAAGGUGGACUUGCUCCGUGCCGAACUCGGGCAUUUCCUGUCCUGUUUGGAGCACUACGUCCACGUUGAUGUCCUGCAGAAGGAGUCGAUCAUCCUGGAACGUCAGAUCCGAUCUCUAGUGAGCGAGGCGCUAGAGGGCCGGCUGGCCAGCGGAGCCAGAAGCGAGGAGCCUCCUCGCGCAAUGGACGUGCUCCAAAGAGUGCAGCAGAUGCACCGGCAGCAUCUCAGGCAAGUCUUGCAGGCUUGCUUGCUGAUUCCCGACCUGAGCGCCGUUCUUGAAGAUCUGCACCAGCUGCUGGCCAUGGGGGUCCGCCUCAAGGACGUCCUGGAGCAAACGCUUCAGCAGCUUCAGGCCCUCGAGUCAGCAAGGCGCCAUCCCGCAGAAGUUGGUGCCGUUGAGCAGGCGUUGGAUGCAGCACAAGCUUCUGGUGACCUUGCAGCUGCUGAGGGCUUGGAGCCCGAUGGUCAAGUUGCGGCCGCAGCCAGUGCAGCUGCCGAUGCUGCAGCCGCAUUGAAUUUGCCGAUUGGAGCUCAGCUCUCUAUUGCUGCGGUGGCAGCUGCCAAGAUAGCCACCGACCUCGCGAUUUCCCAGGAUGAUGCUGCUGAUGCAGCGGCCUCGUGCACAGAGAGAAUCACUCAAUCCAUGGGGCAAGAUGCGGACACGCGGGCGCAAGCAGCAGACACCACAGCCAUUAUCACUGGGUAUUUGGUUGCAUCGCAUGCUGGUGAGGGGCCGAUCGCAGCGGGACUGGAAGCAGGCAAAGCCAUGAGGGCAGCAGGCAGUAUUCCGCAGGAGCAGCUGUCGGCAGCUGCAGAUGCAGCCCUGCACGCCGCUUCCGCGGCAAAUCUGCCCAAGGAGCUGCAGCUGGUGGCUGCAACGGCUGCCAUAGGUCGCGCCGCAGCAGUGGGUCGCAUCCGAACCUCCAAAGAAGAGUUUCGCAAGCUCAUCCUGCGCCUUGCAGCGCAGUUGGCUAUUGUACUACCAAGCUACGGAGUGGACGAGGCGACGCUUGCGACGACUGCGGAGGCUGCAGCUGUGAAGGAUCUCAGCGACAGCAUCCAGCAGGAAAUCGAGAACGAAGAGAGUCAGGACCAUCCUGCAAAUGUGAGUUAA